AUGCAAUUGCAAGGAGAAUUGAAGGACAAGGGACAUCAACCCCAUCAGUACCGCGGGCCUCUGCAGGGUGUAUCUGUCAUUGUCAGGAAUGAGGGCGUUCGGGGCAUCUACCGUGGUAUCGGCUGCGCGUACGUCUACCAGGUCCUGCUAAACGGUUGCCGUCUAGGCUUUUACGAGCCCAUGCGCCACGGUCUCGCCUCCUUGAUCUACAAUGAUGGCAGUAAGCAAAGCUUGGGUAUCAACAUGUUCUGCGGUGCUGGAUCGGGAAUAAUGGGAGCUGCUGCCGGUAGCCCCUUCUUCCUUGUAAAGACCCGGUUACAGAGUUUCUCUCCUUUCCUACCCGUCGGCACACAGCACAAAUACCGCAACGCUUGGAACGGCCUCAGUUCGAUCUACCACAACGAGGGAGUUCGCGGUCUCUACCGCGGAGUUGGCGCCGCCAUGAUUAGAACCGGUUUCGGAAGCUCUGUCCAGUUGCCCACCUACUUCUUUGCCAAGAGGAGAUUAGUCCGCCAUCUGGGCAUGGAAGAGGGCCUUCCUCUGCACCUUGCCAGCAGUACUGUCAGCGGUUUCGUUGUUUGCUGCGUAAUGCAUCCUCCUGACACAAUCAUGUCCCGCCUGUACAACCAAAACGGAAAUCUGUACAAAGGAGUUUUUGACUGCCUGUCCAAGACCGUCCGCACCGAGGGACUGUUCGCCAUUUACAAGGGAUUCCUGCCUCACCUGGCCAGAAUUCUCCCCCACACCAUCUUGACCCUGACCUUGGCCGAGCAAACGAACAAGCUGAUUAGGAAGCUCGAAGAUCGCAUCCUGCCUACGACCGCCCUGCAAAACCCGUGA